AUGGCUGAGGACACAAAGUGGACAGUGGAGUUGUUGGUGUUGAGAGUAACCACUCGCUCUUGCCGGCAGGUGAUUCGCUUUGGUCAUGACUGGGACCCAACCUGCAUGAAGAUGGAUGAAGUUCUGUACAACAUUGCUGAGAAGGUGAAGAAUUUUGCUGUCAUCUACCUGGUGGAUAUUACUGAGGUGCCGGACUUCAACAAGAUGUACGAGUUGUACGACCCUUGCACCUGCAUGUUUUUCUUCAGGAACAAGCACAUCAUGAUUGAUCUGGGCACUGGUAACAACAACAAAAUCAACUGGGCUCUAGAAGACAAGCAAGAGAUGAUUGACAUAAUUGAGACAGUAUAUCGUGGUGCAAGAAAAGGACGAGGUCUGGUGGUGUCGCCCAAAGACUAUUCCACCAAGUACAGAUACUGAACCUUCACCUGCAGCCUCACAUUAAUUGGCCGGCUGGCUGGUGUCUUGGUAGGUUCUCUCUCCUGUUUGUCUGUACUGGUCUUGAGGCUUGGUGUCUUCAGGGUCUGUCUUCACUUUGAUACUGAACACUACUGCCAGGAUUUUAUCUAUAGAUUUUAUAAUAAAUUGUGUGAAAUGUC